AUGCCUGGACACAAUGUCCAGUCGUCACGAGCCCGGUUCGCCGUCCGAGCCACCGCGGAGCGCGCGACAUGGCUGUCUGGGCUGGACCUACCGGCGUACCUCGACGGCACGCUGCCUGGCGAUUACGGGUUUGAUCCCUUGGGGCUCGGGGAGCAGCCUGAGGACUUGAAGUGGUACAUCCAGGCCGAGCUCGUCCACUGCCGGUUUGCCAUGGCAGGGGUCGCCGGCAUCCUUGGAACCGAUCUGAUCCAUGUAUCAGGGAUCGGCAACCUACCAGUGUGGUUUGAAGCAGGCGCCGUGAAAUUUGACUUUGCCAACACCACAGCAUUCUUCUUUGUCCAGCUUCUCUUGAUGGUGUAA